AUGUCCGUCGUCUCACUACUCGGGGUGAAAAACCUCAACAACCCGGCGCCUUUCACCGCCUCCUACCAAUUCGAAAUUACCUUCGAGUGUCUUGAGCAGCUCCAAAAGGAUUUGGAAUGGAAACUCACCUAUGUCGGUUCCGCCACUUCAUCCGAGUAUGAUCAGGAACUCGACUCCCUCCUUGUCGGACCCAUCCCCGUUGGAGUGAACAAGUUUAUCUUCGAGGCCGAUGCGCCAGAUGUGAAGCGCAUUCCUACUUCUGAGAUGCUCGGUGUCACCGUCAUCCUACUUACCUGCAGCUACGACGGCCGAGAGUUCGUUCGAGUUGGAUACUACGUGAACAACGAGUACGAUAGCGAGGAGCUUGCCGCUGAGCCCCCUGCGAAGCCCAUUAUCGAGCGCAUUCGCCGCAAUGUCCUCGCUGAGAAGCCCCGUGUGACUCGCUUUGCUAUCAAAUGCGGAGCGUACGGCGCCGAGGAGCGUGAGCUUGAGGCUGCGCUCCUCAAGGAGCUCGAGGAGUCUAACAAGCCCGCCGAGGGCGAUGACCAUGAAAUGGAUGGCGCCGACGCUCCUGCUGGCAAGGAUGAUGAUGAGGACGAUAUCUCCGAUGCCGAGAGUGAAGAUCUCGAGGCGGAGAGUGACGAUGAUGAGGAUGAUCUUGACGAGGAGGAGGGUGGUGAUGCCGAUGAAGAUGUCGAGAUGGGCGACGACGCCGAACACAAGGAUGAUGCUGCCAAGCCUACUCACCAGGCGCAGCCUGAGCUCAUGGUACACUAG